CCUCCACUUCCAUUCCCUCAACAUUUUCUCCCUCCAUUUUGAUCACCGAGAGCUCUGCAGACUUCAACAUAUACCCAUCAUCUCCCUCGUUUCCCAUGACCGAAAGUAAACCAAAUUCCCAGGACAGAAAACCGAAAACCCAAAAAAAAAAAAAAUUCAUGUCGUUUUGUUUUUAAGCCUUUGAAGCUGUCGAGAGAAAGCAACGACGAGAAGUUGCUGAAAAGGAAUGAUGCGAAGAAUGGUGAAAUUCCCCUCUCCUCUUCUUCCUCCUCUCCUUCGACCACCGUCCGGUAAUCUCACUCUCCCUCCUCCUUUCUUUGCAUCGCCUCUUCCUCUUCCUCUUCUUCUUCCUCGCGUUGUCGAUUCCUCUCCCUCCCGUCGCUUUCGCACUUCACGCUCCACUUCUGGACCGAGCGAUUCCAUGAGUCGAUCCCAAGUUUUGGAAUUUGUGAUGAACCUAUGCAAAAAAGGCGGGUUGGCGAAACCCGGCAAUGCUUUGCAUUAUUUCAAGGUUAUGAUUCGGCUGAACCCUUUGCCUUCGACUCCCUGUUUCACCCAACUCUUGGGAGCUGCGGUGAGGAUGAAGCAUUAUGCUGUCGCCAUCCACAUGAUCGAGCGAAUGGAUUCCAUGGGCAUAUCUCGCGACAUUUACGUUCUCAGCAUUCUGAUCAAUUGCCUCUGCCGCUUGGAAAGGUCCGACCUUGGAUUUUCCGUUUUGACCAAAAUGUUCAAGCUUGGGCUUGAACCGGAUGUGGUGACCUUGACCACUUUGCUCAACGGGUUCUGUGAAGAGGGUAAGAUCGCACAAGCCUUGACCUUGGUGGAGGAAAUGCGGGGCAAGGGGCUUAAGGUCAAUGUAUUUACAUACAGUGUCAUCAUGAAGGGAUUGUGCAGAACCGGUAAAACUUCUAAAGCCGUCCAGUUAAUAAGGAAUUUGGAAGAAAGGGGUUGCGAACUAAAUUUGGUCGCGUACAACACGAUCGUCGAUGGUUAUUGCAAGGAAGGACUGGUGGAAGAGGCAUUUGGCUUCUUUAACCGUAUGAGCCACUGCCUUAUUAAGCCGGAUAUCCUCACUUACAAUACCUUGAUUUGCGGCUUAGGCUGCAUAGGCGGAUGGAAACAAGCAAAGGCCUUGUUAGAGAAGAUGAUUCAUGAUGGAAUCCACCCCAAUGUUAUCACUUAUAAUUCCUUCAUCCACGGUCUGUGCCUUUGUGGCCAAUGGGAAGAGGUUCGAGUCCAGUUGAGUGAGAUGGUGCGGGGAGGAAUAAGGCCAGAUUGUCAAACCUUCAAUAUUAUCUUGGAUGCACUCAGCAAACAGGGCAUGACCAAUGAGGCGAAGUGCAUAUUUGACCUGAUGAUCGAGAUGGAUAUUGAGCCAAAUGUAGUUACUUAUACUUCAUUGAUAAAUGGUUACUGCCUUCAAAAUCAAAUGGAUGAUGCCGCAAUUACAUUUUGUUUGAUGACUGCAAGGAAGUGCAAUCCUAAUGUGGUGACCUAUAGCAUGUUGAUUAACGGGUAUUUUGCGGUUAAAAGAGAGGAUAAGGCAAUGAAUCUCCUUCGGCAAAUGUUGGAGAAAGGAUUAGUCCCUGAUGUUGCCACCUAUGGUUGUCUCAUGGAAGGCUUUUUCCUUGCAGGAAGCCCCAGGGUUGCACAUCAGCUGUUUUACAAAAUGCUGGUUUGCAAUCAUAUAGAUCAACAAAUUUAUGCCAUCAUGUUAGAUGGCCUUUGUAAGUAUCGACAAAUCGACAAGGCAAUGGCAUUGUUUCGACACAUGGAAGAUGGCAUGGACAAUGCUAAUAUAGUCCACUGCAACAUCCUUAUUAAGGGCUUGUGUGAGAUGGGGGAACUUGGACCUGCAAUGAACCUCUUCAAUUCGUUGGAUGCCAGAGGGUUGCGACCCGAUGUCGUGACAUUUGGUGCCAUCAUAAAAGGACUAUGUAAAGCUGGCCAAAUACGUGAAGCGUGUGAGCUACUUCAUAAUAUGAAAGAGAAGGGAUGUCCUCCAAGUGGUAUCAUGUUUAACAUUGUUGUCUGAGCGCUCCUCAAAGAUGGUCAGAAAGCGAGGGCAAUGCUUCUUCUAGGGAAGAUGGUUGAGAAAGGCUUCUCACCAAAUGCUGCAUCAACGGCUAAAAUUUUGGGUGCAUCGGCUCGCAAUAAAUUAGAAUCCUGAAAAUCUGCACCAGGGACGUAAGCUCUCUGUUUUGUCUCUUUUGUGGUCAGAGACGUACGCUCUUUUGAAUUGCAAUUGUGUGCAUAUAGUAAGUAGCCAAAUUUUAUUUCAAUGAGAGAAAAUUGGGCUUGCAUCAUCUAACACUAGUUAGUUCUGUAUAGUCUGAGAUUAAUUUGUUACAAGGAAGAAAUCAUGGCGGUGCAUGGAAAGUUUCUGCAUUUGAUGACUUCUGCUUCUUCAGCCAUACCAAGGUAGUUUCUUGCAGGGACCUUUCUGUACAGUUACAAUUGACUGCUCUUGGUUCUUUUCUUCUUCAUCAGUAAGCACAUCAUACCAAAGCAGCUUCUUGAGAGUAACUUCUGGUAUGUCAUCAGAUGAAUUCUCUCCCUUUUUCCUCUUUCCAAUUUACUGAUUGUACAUGAUAUUGAGCUAAAAACAGAAGCAGUUCACCCGA